GAGAGAGAGAGAGAGAGGAGAAAAAAAAAUGGCUCCUCGCGGGAUGUCGUUGGCUGUAAAGUUCUUCACAGUCUUGCACUUUAUUAAUUUAUUGGCACAAAGUGGUCGGGCUCUGGUGUGUCUGCCGUGCGAUGAAUCCAAAUGCGAGGAGCCCAAGAACUGUCCCGCCAGCAUCGCCAUGGGCUUCUGCGGCUGCUGCUCGACCUGCGCCAAGCAGCGGAACGAGACCUGCGGCGGCGUGUACGGGCUGUACGGCACUUGCGACCGCGGCCUCCGGUGUGUGAUCCGACCUCCCUUCAAUGGCGAUUCCAUCACGGGAUACGAAGUGGGCAUCUGCGAAGAUGAGAACUGGGAGGACGACCAACUUCUUGGACUUGAGCCCUGCAAUGAAAACCUCAUAACAGGAUGCAACAUAAUCAAUGGGAAAUGUGAAUGUGAUUCGAUUCGGACCUGUAAUAACCCAUUUGUAUUUCCCAGUCGGGAAACCUGUCUGUCAGCGUUAAAGAGAAUUGAAGAGGAAAAGCCAGACUGUUCCAAAGCCAGGUGUGAAGUGCAGUUUUCCCCUCGCUGCCCGGAGGACGCCAUCCUGAUCGAAGGCUAUGCCCCACCUGGCGAGUGUUGCCCUCUGCCAAGCCGCUGUGUGUGCAAACCAGCUGGUUGUUUGAGAAAAGUCUGUCAGCCCGGCUACCAGAGUAUUCUAGUUUCCAAAGCAUCGGGGAAACCAGGGGAAUGUUGCGACCUGUACGAGUGCAAAAAAGUGUAUAACGUGGACUGCAGCACCGUGGAGUGCCCACCCGUACAGCAAGUGGUCUGCCCGCCCGACAGCUUUGAGACACGGACCCGGCUGACUGCCGACGGCUGCUGUACUCUCCCGACUCGGUGUGAAUGUUUGCUGGGAAUCUGCCGGGUCCCUAAAUGUGAGGCUGGCGCAGUGCCCCGCAUCAUUUCUCCUGGAGACGGCAGCCCUGGUCGGUGCUGUGAUGUGUUUCAGUGCGUCAAUGAGACGAAGCCCACUUGUAUAUUCAAUGGUGUGGAAUAUUAUGACGGGAACAUGUUCCGGAUGGACGCUUGCCGCUUCUGCCGGUGUCAGGGAGGAGUCUCUAUCUGUUUUUCAGCGCAGUGCGGGGAGUUGCACUGCGACCGGUACUAUGUGCCAGAAGGAGAAUGCUGCCCAGUGUGUGAAGACCCGAUAUACCCAGUGCAUAAUCCUGCCGGCUGUUAUGCCAAUGGGCAGAUCCGCGCCCACGGUGACCGGUGGCGUGAAGACGAUUGCACCUUCUGUCAGUGCAUUAAUGGGGAACCCCACUGUGUGGCCACAGCGUGUGGGCAGAGCUGCCUGAACCCUGUGAAGAUUCCUGGUGAAUGCUGCCCCGUCUGCGAAGAGCCCACCUACAUUACCAUCGGCCCUCCUACAUGUGAGCUACUGGUGAACUGCACAUUGACGGAGAAGGACUGCAUCUUCGGCUUCAAGCUGGACCGGAAUGGAUGCCGCACGUGCCAGUGCAAAACCAGAGCAGAGCUGUGCACUGGGCUGAUAUCAGGCUGUGCCCUGGACUGUCCUUUUGGUUUGCAGACUGGCCCACACGGUUGUGAGAUUUGCCAGUGCCGCCCAAGGCCAAAGAAGUGCAAACCAGCAGCUUGCGACAAAUACUGCCCUUUUGGAUACACGAAGAACAAACAUGGCUGUGAUGUCUGUCGCUGCAAGAAGUGUCCAGAGAUCCCAUGUGACAAGUACUGUUCAAUGGGCUUUGAGCAGGAUAUUUACGGCUGUCUUAUCUGCAAAUGCAGAGGUAAAGGUGCGGGAGUGGCGGAAGAUGUGCCGACAACCAUGGUUCCUCCAGUCAAAACUGGCUCUUGCUUGUCCAUGGAUGGCCGACGGCACGAGAGUGGUGAGAGCUGGCAUGAUGGGUGCCGCGAGUGCUUUUGCUACAGUGGACGUGAGAUGUGCGCCCUCAUCACCUGCUCCGUGCCCAACUGUGGGAAUCCUACCAUCCGGCCUGGACAAUGCUGCCCAUCAUGCCCGGAGGAUUCUGGCCUUCGGAAGCCUGAGCUGAGCGACACAUCUAUCUGCCACGCUCCUGGCGGUGAAUAUUUUGUGGAAGGAGAAACGUGGAACAUCGACGCUUGCACCCAGUGCACGUGCCACAUUGGCCGGGUGCUGUGCGACACCGAGGUCUGCCCGCCAAUCCUCUGCCAGAACCCCAUCCGCACCCAGGACUCGUGCUGCCCACAGUGCCCAGAUGAGCCCCUUCAGCCUUUGUCGCCGAGCAACAAAAGCAUGCCCAGUUACUGCAAAAGCGAGGAUGGAGAUAUCUACCUCGCUGCCGAAUCCUGGAAACCCAACGUCUGCUCCAGCUGCAUAUGCAUGGAUGGGGUCAUCAACUGCUUCUCAGAGUCGUGCCCUCCUGUGACGUGUGCCCGACCUGUCCUGCGGAAAGGGCAGUGCUGUCCAUACUGCAUUGAGGAGAGCAUCCCAAAGAAGGUGGUGUGUCACUUCAACGAAAAGACAUACGUAGACGAGGAGAGGUGGGAUAUUGACAGCUGCACCCACUGUUACUGCCUGCAAGGUCAGACACUGUGCUCGACAGUCAGUUGCCCUCCGCUUGCCUGCCUGGAGCCAGUCUACGUAGAAGGGAGCUGCUGUCCUGUCUGUCCAGACCUCUACAUGCCCGAGCCAACCAACAUCCCGAUAGAAAAAUUUGACCCAAGGGGAGAGAUCGAAGUGGAAGCCCCAUUCUGGCCGACACCUGGUGAAAACGAAAUUCCCUCACACCUUCGAGACAUGGGCAGUGAGAACCUUCGUGUUAAUGCCCACGGCGGAGAUUAUCCCCGGGACAACGAGGAUUCUGCUAUACACUCGGUGGCGUGGGUGGCCAUUCCGGUCAUGAUCGCCCUGAUUCUUGUCAUAGCUCUGCUGCUGGUUAAUCAGAAGAAACGGUGGAUCCCAGUGCCCUGCUACAGAGCUCCUACAAAGCCCUCCUGUCUGAAUAAUCAGCUGGUUUAUGUGGACUGUAAGAAAGGAACCAUGGUUCAAGUGGAUAGCUCCCAGAGAAUGCUGAGGAUGGCAGACCCAGACUCCAGACACAGUGGUUUCUAUAGCAUGCCAAACACAAAGCAGAACAACUUGCAGGUGGACAGCUUCUACCAGACAGUGUGAGAUGCCUCUCGACCCAGAAAGACUCUUUUUAUCCGCUACAAAAAAAUGCAAAAAAAACAAACAAAAAAAAACCAAGCUACAAUUGUGCACUUGCUUAAUGGACUGUAUUGGGUUUGUGAAUUCAUGUACAGCUCUGAGACUUUACGGGACAGGAUUCGUUUCACUCCUACAGUAUGCCAGAAAAAAAUCAUUCCCGCUUUUCCUUGUGAUAUUUGACCAAGUGUUUCCUAGAACACUUUAGCACCAAAGUUAAAGUUACUAAGGUUUUAUCUGCAUGUAAUAUAGCUGUAGAGAGGAGAAGGACAUUGUGUGGAAGGAAAGUCUCUCAAGUUGACUACCAGUGACUUUCCAAAUGUAUGGACUCUGGUUUUCUCAGUCUCUGUACCUGUUAAUGACAAAGCCUAACCCACUGAAAACUAUAGAGAGAAAACCUUUGGCAUGAACAUCGUGUAGUGUGCCCCAAGUACAAACGUAGAAAAGGACCAUCAUGGUCCCAAACUCCCAGGCCUACCGUAGACGCAACAUUUCUGUACACAUGGAAACGUAAGAUAAGUAAGGACAUUGUUUUUCUUUUUAAAAGCGCAUGGCAAAGAUAUUAAGGGUAGGUUGACUUGAGGCCAUAUUAAAGUGUAUCGUGUGCUGCUUUUUAUUGGCCAGUUGGUUGGCAAGCACAGCGAGUGGCUUCGCCCAAACUUUUUUUAUUGUAUGAUAUUAGCACUGGAUCGUGUAAGAUGCCACCAGAGACGAGGACAACCACAAAGGUUUUUUCCCCUACCCCCUUCUCCACCCUACCUCCCUUCUUCUCCCACCCCCUCCCUAAAAAAGGCUACCGACUCCCUCUGGUGGGGUACCUAGAGUUUCGAAGGUGGAAAUCGAAGAAACUUUGUUGGACAAAGUUCCUGCUUUGAUAUUGAAGAGAAGACUGGGGUUUGUACUUACUGGUAUGCAGACUAGAAACUGCUUCCGUGGUAGGAAGCUUCGUAAUGAUAUAUUGCUCAAGCACCUUUUUUGAAGCUCAGAAAAAAAAGGAGAUUAUGCUUUGUGAAACAUUAGCAUUAUAGGAAUAUUUAUGUUAAUAUAUAUUAUGCUAAAACAAAAGUAUUUGUACAUAUAUAUAAUUUUCUAUGUUUUCCUGUUUAAUGUAUUUAUAUCCUAGAGAGAUUUUAUCCAGUUUAAAAAAAAUAGCUUAACAGGCAUUCCAUUUCAGUGCUUGAUGGCUCCCAGGAUCCACGAAAGGAAGAGCAUCUCAUUUUUACCUAAGAUUUUGUGCCUUUUGCUGACAGCUUCAGCAUCGCUCGCUCUCACUACUUACUUAUUUCAGCCUUGAAAAGGCUUUAAAGACUGCAUUGUGGAUUUCACAGUCAUCCUUAAUAACGUGUUCACUGGUGGGGUUUUACUUCUCCUCAAGGCCACAAUGUCCCCCCCACCUCCUGCUCAGGCCCAGUCAGGUCAGAAUGUCGGUGAUUGACUGUACAGUUUAAUGGGUCAGUCCUUGUUUGAUUGCUAUCACAAUGUAACCCUCAAAAGGUUAUGAGCAAAGCGACACUGUACUUUGUUGUUCCUGUCAUUGUAUUGUGUGUGUAUGUGUGUAUAUUUGCCCUUAUUUCCUUUUGAAAGCUCAGUGUAAACAUUUCCUCUUGCAAUUGGAAUGCACUAGACGUGCUUUAUUUAAACAAACAGCACAGCUACUGCCCCUCACCCCUACCCGCUCUCCCCCCAACCCUCCCACACACUCCUUCCAAUGACUCAGAUAGUUUAUCUAAUCAGUAGCUGAGCUUGACAGACCAGAAGAGUCCUAGAUUCAAUCCCUAUCCUAUGAUGAGAGAGCUGAUAUUAGCUGGGGUGGCCUUAAGGGCACAAUGCCUUCAAUACCCCUGGGUUAUGGGUGGGGGAAAAUACUGGCAGCGUUCCUGCUUCUGGUUGCCAUCCAGCAGCCCCUGCUGGCAGUGCAUAUCAAUGCGUAUCAGUUUAAGGCAAAAUGGGGCUUGACUGAGAUGCUGAAUAUUGUACUACGAUUCACUGUCAAAGCUCACAAAUGAAUGGCCAUUCGGGUGAGGUAACAGAGCAAAACCUAUGGAAUCUUACCUGGAUAGAAGCGAGCAACAAGCAGUGAAAUACCUUCAUGAGAGGAGUUAAGAGGGGACAGGUGAUUGGCAGCUGGGGAAGAGAAGUGGAAAGGGAAGAAACACACAUUUCAAUAAAGCUGAUUGGUGUAAUGGCAUUUCCUAAGACAGCGGCGUUCCACGGUGUACGUUAUGUUAUGGGUAAUUGUGAAAAGACUCCAUAUCCUCUGGAAGACCUCACAAACAUGCAUUGUCUGACAAAUUUGAGGGAGAGAGAGAGAGGAAAUUACAAAAGCAUGACAAGAUUCCUGUUACUGAAAAUUUACUAAUGAAAAAAAACUACUGGAAUGUUGUCAUUGAUAAGCUGGACUUUUUUUGUGUAGUUUGUCUAUUAAUGGAUAAAAGUAUAAUUGACUAAAUUUAUUAAAAACAAAAUGACAGGUCUUGGCACUUUUUAUACUAAUUACUCCCCACCCCUUUUUUCUUGUGUAAUAUCUUUUAAAGUGCUUUCAUGAGAGAAUCCAUUACCCAGUUUGCUUAAUGUGAAAAUGUUGUAAUUGUUGUUUCGUAGUUGGAAAUUCUCAAGUAUUGUUGUAGAUACUUGAAAUUGGAGCUUGCUGAACUUGAAACUGAAAAGGAAAAAAAAGAAAUCUAAUUUAUUGUUUAAAUGACCUAAUUUAUUAAUCUGAUGAUUAAUGAAGAGUUAGAACAUGACAAGAUGUAAGGUGUUUGCUCUGUACGUACUGGAGUCAAAGAUGCUCUGGUUAAAUUUAAGGGUCGAGAUUUUCCUGUCUAUCCCUAAAGAAAGGUUAUUUGCUGAAAACCCUGUACUAUCUUCCCUUCCUUUAAUCCCCCCCCACCACAACCACCCCACCCCCACCCCAGCAUCCCUGGCUCGUUGUUUACGUACAUGAAAGCAAUUCUUCCUGUCCACUCUAAAAGAAUAUUUCUGUCAAGACCAAUUAUUCAUUCCUUUCCCACCAAAAGAGUUGUGUCAAGAAGUUUUAACAUAUAUCAUAACUGCUUGUUUUGUGAGUGUGGCCGAAUUCUGGAGAGAAAAGAACCUAACAGGAUACAGGACACGGGGGUGAAAUGCUUUUUUUAAAAAAAAGGAUUGACAUCCGCUACGCACUGUAUCCAUUACACUCUUGUAUCUUGGUUACUGUUGUGCUAAUGUAAAAUAAUGCAAAUAUAUUUCUAAAAUAGAUGCGUAUGUGGCACUUGGAGUGCACUGCAGGUCUGCAGUUUGCUUGUUUACUUUUUUUUUAAAUGUAAGGCAUUUUCUUGUAAAUUUGCUCUUGACAGCACAAUAAACAAUGUUAAACCCA